AUGUCACUUCUUGCAACUGCUGGAAUAUAUCUAGUGCUAGAUGUGAACUCUGCGUUACCCAAUUUCCAUCUCAACAGAUAUGAGCCUUGGACAACUUACAAUGAAGAGUAUUUGAGCAAUGUGUUUAAGGUUGUAGAACAGUUUGCAGGCUAUAAUAACACUUUGGCCUUUUUCGCUGGAAAUGAAAUUGUCAAUGACAAAUUAUCUGCUACUCAUUCGCCUGUCUAUGUGAAGGCUAUGAUCCGAGAUAUAAAAAAUUACAUUCUGAAUAACCUUCAUCGUCAGAUACCGGUAGGAUAUUCUGCUGCAGACGAUCUUGCUUAUCGGGUUUCGCUUUCGAAAUAUCUAGAAUGUGUGGAUAAGGAUCCUGCUGAAGCAGUGGAUUUCUAUGGUGUCAAUUCUUACCAAUGGUGUGGGAAGCAGACUUUCCAUACUAGCGGAUACGAUAGUUUAGCCCGUGACUAUCUGGAAUAUACCAGACCAGUUUUUCUUUCAGAGUAUGGCCACUUCUCGGCAAGUCCCAAUUUUUUUUUUUCAUGA